AUGAUCCCUGCAGAAGGAACACAAUACCCAGGAAUUGUCAGGUUGCUUUUGCACUUUGAGUGGAGCUUCAUUGGUCUCUUUGCUUCAAACACUGACAAUGGGGAACAGUUCCUAAGGACGUUGGCUCCUCUACUCUUGAAGAAUGGGAUUUGUGUCAUUAUAUCAAAAAGCAUCUUGGUGACUAACAACAACACCCUGAAAGUCUUUUCUGCUUUCUUCUACACAUGGAGGCAGGUUAAUGUCUUUGUUUACUGUGCAGAAGGCAAUUCCUUCCUAGAAGGAAUAACCAUUAUACAAGAAAUAAUUAGGAGCUUGACAAAACCCAUCAUGGGAAAAAUCUGGAUCACCACAGCUUUGUGGGACUUCACGAUGCAACUGUUCCAACGUAAACUGUUUUUUCAAAACCUCCACAGCCUUUUCUCUUUCUUCAUCCGUACCCAAAAAAAGAGAAAACCAUACAAUUUUAUAGCUUUCUACGAUUACAUGAAGAAGUUUGAACACAACGCUUAUUCUUGUUUUUCUACAAGGCAUGUCUUUGCUGUGAAAAGCCGGAGAAGAUGCCGAGAGAAACAGGAAGUAAAGAUUCUGCCCCAAGAUAAGGUGGAAAUAAUUUUCUCCCUAGACAAAUACUUCAUUUACAAUACUGUCUGGGCUGUGGCAUGGGUGUUAAAUACUGCUUUUUCAUCCAGAUCCAAGAGGGAAAGAAAGAUGAGUGGAGAAAGGUUGAAAACUCCAAGUCUACAACCUUGGCAGCCUCUGCCUCUUUCCAAGUGUGUACAAAGUUGUUCUCCUGGAUUCCACAAGAUGACUGAAAGAGGGAGACCCAUGUGCUGUUACAAUUGUGUUGUUUGUGCAGAAGGAGCCAUCUCUGCUCAGGAAGAUGCAGAAAAGUGCACCAGGUGUCCAGAUGAUCAGCACCCAAAUGAGAAGAAAGACCACUGUGUUCCUAAAGUUAUAACUUAUUUGUCUUAUGAAGAACAUUUGGGGAUUCUUCUUGUUUCCUUUGCUGGGUUCAUGGUCUUCAUCACAAGCUUUGUGCUGGGAAUCUUCAUUAAAUUCCUAGAAACUCCAAUUGUGAAGGCCAACAAUCAAGACCUUUCCUUCAUUCUCCUGGGUUCCCUUCUGCUUUCCUUCUUAUCCUCCUUCCUAUUCAUUGGCCAACCCAUGCAAGCCACGUGCUUUUCCCAACAAAUGGUCUUCACCACCAUAUUCACAGCUGCCAUUUCUUCAGUGCUAGCAAAAACCAUCACAGUGGUGUUGGCAUUUUUGGCUACCCAGCCAGGAAAUAAGAUGAAGAAAUGGCUGGGGAAGAGCUUGGCCAACUCCAUUGUCUUAUCUUGCUCAAGUGUCCAAGUUGUUAUUUGUAGCAUUUGGUUGGGAGCUUGUCCCCCUUUCCUUGAGAUUGACAUGCAUUCUCAGCUUGAAGAGAUUAUCUUGAAAUGCAACGAGGGCUCGGUCACUAUGUUUUAUUUUGCUCUUGGUUACAUGGGCUUCCUGGCUGUCAGUUGCUUCACCAUGGCUUUCCUGGCCAGGAAUCUGCCUGGAGCUUUCAAUGAAGCCAAGCUGAUCACAUUCAGCAUGGUGGUAUUCUGCAGCGUCUGGGUGUCUUUCAUUCCUGCCUACCUGAGCACCAAAGGGAAGUACAUGGUGGCUGUGCAGGUCUUCUCCAUCUUGGUUUCCAGUGCUGGUCUGUUGGUCUGCAUCUUCAUCCCUAAAUGCUACAUUAUUGUGCUAAGGCCAAAGCUGAAUACAAAAGAACAUCUUAAGAUAAAAUAG